AUUGUCAUUGUUAUUCUAUUUCUUUUUGUGCAGUUGGAAAAAAGUCAUAAGAUUUUACAAAAGAAUUUUCAGAAUUUUCCUUAAAUUUAACGCAAAUAAAAUAUCGUGAAUUGAAGAAAAUAAUGUGAGCAAAAUUUAAAGAAAAACAAAAAGAAUAUCAGUAAUUAAAAAAGUGUUGAAAAUGUUUAUGAAUACCUUAAAAACCUACAAAAGUAAUUAAAAAGGGGCACUUGGUUGGGUUGAGAAAAGAAAAUAUUGAAAGAAAAAAAUUAAAACACAAACAGACGUCGUAGUAUUGUAACACCUUUUUUGUAAACUGCUAAUAAAGCAGUUUUAUUAUUAAUUAUUUUUCAAACUGUUUUAUAAAAGUGUGAGUGUCUAUAAGUGAAUCAAGUGUAGAAAAGUAGAGAGUGUGGUGGUGUCGUCGCUUUUGGAAUUCCAUUGCAGUUUGCUAAGAGUGCAGGCCAGCAGGCAGGCAGGCAGACACCCCACUUUUGAAACACCCAUUAACAUUUGGUUUUAUAAACAACUUCGUACAUUAUGGGUGCCAAAGAAUCCAAACAGUCCUGCAUUAAUUAUGAGGAUGCAGUCAAACGUGUUUCUGAAACCGAAUUAAGACGUCUGAAAGAGGCCUUUAAGAAAUCAGCCGGUGUGGGACGUUUCUAUCUAAGUCGUAAUGCAUUCCAACAAGAUGUUUUAUGUGAAGGUGUACCACCAAAUGUAACAGAUUUACUUUAUACCGCUUGUGGUGGUACCACAAAAGGUAUUUCAUUUAAAGAUCUUUUAUGUGGUUUAGUUUUAAUAACACGCGGUACUGAGGAAGAGAAAACCAAGUUUCUUUGGAAUCUUUAUUGCAAUGAUAAUGGCACUUAUAUUUUAAAAGCUGAUUUUACCAAGGCCAUUAGUUUACAUCCCUAUGAAAGUGUUUCAUUGUUUUCUCAAACAGAUCGCAUAAAUUUUGAACAAUUUCAGGCCUGGAUUUUAAAAAAUCGUUCAUCUACCGUUUUAUCGAAAUGGUUGUUAUCUGAUAAUUGUAUAAGCUUGACUUCAGAGCUGGAAACACCCACAUUUUAUCAAAGUUUAGCGGGUGUAACACAUUUAGAGGAAAAGGAUAUAGGCGAUUUGGAGAAAGAGUUUUGGCGUUUAAAAAACUCCUCACCCAAUGGCCAAUUGGAUCUGCAGUUACUGGGGCCCUUAUUAAGUCCUCCCAUACCAAAAAAUGCUUUACAAGGUCUCUUCAAUGCUUUUGAUGAAAAUCGUGAUGGUCAUAUAGAUUUUAAAGAACUAUGUUGUGGCGUCAGUGCUGCUUGUCGUGGUCCGGGAGUGGAACGCACCAGAUUUUGUUUCAAAAUCUUUGAUGUGGAUCGUGAUGGUAUUCUUAAUCAUUUUGAAACUUUACAAAUGAUAAAUGUUUUAUUAUUUGUGGCCAAAGAAAAUCGUAAUGCUAAUAUGUACAAAGAUAUAACUAAACAAGAAGCUUUAAAAGAUAUUGUUAAUUUUACCACUUUAAAAAGUGUUGACAACCAAUAUAUGGACUCUUUGACUUUAGAAAACUUAAAUGUCAAUUUGAGAGCUGAAGAUUUUAUGAUGUGGAAUGUUAAGAGCAGUUUGAAAUUAUUGCAACCCUUUUUAGAUUUGAUAUUUGAAGUUUGUCACAUAGUAUUUGGUUUAUGGCCUCAAUGUCGUCAUAUGGAAUAUGAUAUUGUAAGAGGCUGGUUGGACCGUGAGGAAAAACGUAAAUAUCGUGUUGGACAAUUUUGGUAUUUAAUAUCUCGAGACUGGUGGAUUACCUGGCUGCAAUAUGUCAACAAUAACUCAAUAACCUGUGAAUACUGUAGACAUACAGGGGCACAACAACGUCAAUCCAACUAUAAUUGUGGCAUAGAUGAGGCUUUGGUAUGUGAUGAAUCGUUUAAUACAAACUCCUUGGAUUCCGUGGGUGUGGAUGUCUGUAUAACUAGCGAUAACUGUAGUAUGGGUUCCGCCAGUAGUGGUAUAUCCACAGGACGUAAUCUAGGUUGUCGUCCCGGUGCCAUAGAUAAUACUAAUCUAGUAACACCAAAUCCUUUCAAAAAUAUACGUACAUUAACCGGUGAAGGUGGUCAUUUGAAACGUGAUACUCCUUUAGUACAAAAUCAUGAUUUUGAAUUGGUUCCCAAGUCUUUGUGGAAAGCUUUAAAUCGUUGGUAUGGUGAUAAUUUACCUUUACCGCGACAGGUUAUACAACCACCUAAUACUACCGAAGUGGAGCUAGAAUUAUAUCCUUUAAAUUUGCGUAUUUUAUUACAUCAAAGUGUGCCACAAAAUCAAGCAGCUAAUAGUUGGGGUGCAGUACCGGGUGGCUAUGGUGUAUUAGCUUCUGGCGGAGGUUUUGCUGCCAUUAGCGCUUCCAGUGUUUUACAGCCUCCUAAACGUUAUCUGGCCUAUACAGCUGCCUUUAGUCGUUUAGCUACUGUACAGCAAAUUGGCAAUUUUCUUUGUGAACAAUUACGUUUACGUUCGGAGGAUAUACGUUUGUGGCAUAUACCAGCUGGUCCUCUAGAUAAUACGGCCAUUUUAUUGGAAGAAGAUAAUGUUACACUGAAAGAACUAAUGAUUAAGGAUAAUGAUCAGAUUUUAUUGGAAAUACGUAAUAAAGAUCAAACAUGGCCAGAGGAAUUGGGUUCUUUGUCUUUAACACAAACGGGAGCAACGGCAUUAAACGAUCGACGUUUGACAAGAUCUUCUAUAAUGUCUGUACAGGCCCCUGGAGCUACAGGUUUACAUAAUUUGGGAAAUACUUGUUUUAUGAAUGCUGCUUUACAGGUUUUAUUUAAUACCCAACCUUUGGCCCAGUAUUUUCGUCAUAAUAUGCAUAUGUUUGAGCUAAAUACCACCAAUAAGUUAGGCACUAGAGGUCAUUUAGCCACUAAAUAUGGAGAGUUAUUAAAAGAAGUCUGGAGUGCUACCACUAGAUCGGUGGCUCCUUUAAAAUUACGCAUUUGUGUGACAAGAUAUGCUCCGCAGUUUGCGGGUGGAGGACAACAUGAUUCUCAGGAAUUAUUGGAGUGGCUGUUAGAUGCUUUACAUGAAGAUCUUAAUCGGGUAAUGGAGAAACCUUAUAGUGAAUUGAAAGAUUCUAAUGGAAGGCCAGAUAAAAUUGUGGCAGCUGAGGCUUGGCAACAGCAUCAUGCACGCAAUCAAUCUAUUAUCAUAGAUCUAUUCUAUGGUCAAUUGAAAUCUAAAGUGAGUUGUAUGUGCUGUGGCCGAGAAUCGGUGCGUUUUGAUCCCUUCAGUUUAUUGAGUUUACCUUUGCCGGUAGAGAAUUAUACAUACUUUGAAGUUUUGGUCAUAUUAUUGGAUGGUUCGGUGCCCAUCAAAUAUGGUUUACGUUUAAAUUCAGAAUCCAAAUAUUUUGAUUUAAAACGUAAACUAGCCUCUUUGUGUUAUCUAAAUCCUAAUUUUAUGUUAAUCUGUGAAGUUUGGAAUUCCCAAAUACGACACUCAUUUCCCGACGAAGAGAAAAUUAAACCUUCUUCAGCCAAAGAACUAUAUGUCUAUCAAUUACCCGAAGAAUGUGCCGAUCGUUCAAGAUCAAGUUCUACUUUGGGUAUUAACAUCGAGAAAGGUUUAAAAGAUAUACAAAGAAGUUCAGCCAUGUUAACAGCUUAUGAUUCAUAUUCUUCCUUGACUUUAUUAAAUACUACUAACGCAACAAAUACAACUAAUAGUUCAUCUAAUAAUCAAAUAAAUUCCAUAAAUAAUCUUAAUACAGAAGGCAUUGAUUCGCAACAAUUACAUCACACACAACAUCAGCAACAACAACAGCAGCAACAUUCUUUUGAUGAUACAACACUGCCAACACAGCAACAACAAACCUCGUUUACAAAUUCUCUAGCAACAACAACAACACCAACAACAACUGCUAUACCGGCUACAACUUCAACACGAUCACAGCAACAACAACAACAUCAUCAUCAUAAUAAUUUCGAGAAUAUACGUUCUAAUAUGUCUCUGGCCGAUGACGAUGAUGAUGAAACUGAAGACGAUGAUGUACAUGUCGCAACGAAGGUAAGGCGGUGCUUUGGAAACACUAUGUGCAUGCCCCAGAAUUUAUUAUGCUUCAAGGUAUGGCUACUAUUUUAAGGCAAAAUAACACAUUUAUGUAUUUAAUAUUGUCUUUUUAUGAAUAUUGACAUUUUACUUCUCUUUACUCUUGUUAUUUUUUUCAAUACUCUCUCCUACAUUUGUAAAUGAAAGAAAGUUGAGAAUUUGAAAAUUCUCUUUAUAUAUUAAAUGUUAAUGAUGCAAUUCGAAUUUAAGAAAGUUUUAGUGAACUAGAACUGAAGUAGAACUGAACUAUUACUGAACUAGAACUGAAGUGGAACUGA